GCUCUAGAAAAAUGGCGUCGUGUCAGCGUACUUGCAGGUUCUGUUCAAGUGUUUAUCAUUUUUUCAAUAAACGGAAACAGAACUUAUGAAAUUCAGAAGAUAAUUGCUAACACGUGUUACAAAGAUGGUCACUGUGGAAGCAGUAUCUCAGGGAUUUUGUACAUUUUGUUCAACGAUGUCCCAGACCGUAGCAACGAUCUGUGAAAUUGUCAGUUAUGUUGUGUAUACAAACUACCAAGUUAUGUCGACGGUGUGUCAUUACGCAUCGUUGAUUGUCACAACACUUGCCUGGGCGUUAGAGAGGAUCGUCUGUGCAACAAUGGACGUAGGACAUCACAUCUUUGACUUCGCAACAGAUUUGUUUGGGUGUUUCUGCACUCUCUGUGCCCUUAUUUGGAGAAUAUUAUUGUUGUUGUACAAAGUUGUUUGUUUUGUUUUGACUGGAAUUGAAACAAUUGCAGUGUGCAUAUGGACUGGAAGCUAUGUGACUUUAACAACCUUAAAGCAUUCUGCAACAGAUGUCAUUGAAACGUGUGGAUCUACAUGGAACUAUGGUAUUGACAUGUCGAGAAACUUUGUUGACACUGUCGUUGGCGGUUUCUCAAUGAUUGGAACUUUGACAGUAUCUAUUGUCAAAGGUGUCUUCAGUGGCCUUGGGUAUGGGUUUGCAUCCUUGCUUGAGUGUGUGUGGAAACUUGGAGACAAAUUGUGCAAUGCCUGGGACAAUGUGACAACAAAUCUCUCAGAAACGUUUACGUUCUCAAAGGAAGUGUACCUGGGUAUUCUGUUGUGUUGUAUGUUUUAUGUCAUCGUAUCCGAGCUGAUCAAGUUUUUUCAGAACAGAGGUUUUUCAUUUUUGAGUUGGUGGCGACGAGGAGUGAGAAGACAGCACCGAAGGGCACACAAUAUAUUUGAUAUUGACAAUGACUUUGAGAGUGACUUUGAUUUUGAUGAUCAAGACUAUGAAAGUGAAGAGAAUGAGUAUGUCAGUGAUGACAAUGAAACAUUGACAGGAGGUAGUGAUGAUGAAGAUGGGAGUGAUGAAGAUUCGGAUGAUGAUGAUGAAGAUGAUGAUGAGAGUGAAGGGUCUUUGAAUUCUCAAACUUUUUCCUCAGAUGAUAGUGACCAUGAAAUUGAAGUCCAGCUCCCUAGUCCAGCUGAGAGGUACAGUUUACGGAGUCGAUCUUCCACACCAAGCAGGGCACAGAAGCUGGAAAUGAGUACCCAUGAGUAUGAAAUUGAAAUUGAACGAGAGAAAGACAAGAGGAAAUGUGUUGUAUGUCAAGAUCAGACGAAGUCAGUUCUCAUUUUGCCAUGUCGGCAUAUGUGCUUGUGUGUAGACUGUGCAAAUCGAAUUGUCCGAUCUCGAUUGAUAGAAAGACGUGUUUGCCCAUUAUGCAGACAAAGAAUUCAAAAGGUUAUGGAUGUAUUUGUGUGAUAGAGAGCUUGAUAAUUGUAACCAUGCUACCUGUGAAUGAAUCUUUUGAAAGGUUUCAUACUCUUCACUUUUGAAAUAUGCUGAUUCAGGUUUACAAAUUAUGAUGUGAUAUGUCCACUAGUCUGAGACGAGUAAAAUAAGAAGGGAAUAGUGACAUUUCCUUGUAAACUUCUACUUUCCCAUAAGGUAGAUGAAACUUUGUAGAAUAUUAUCAUUUUGCGCCAAGAAAAAUAAGAUAAUUUUACUACCUUGACAACAUGGUACAUGUACUGAUUGCCUGUCAUAAGCAAAAGCUUAGUCAUCUUAGCAUGCUUAGUGCUAUUACCAUUUCAUUGAAUAUCAUGUCACAAUACCUUGUAUAACUACUGCCAACAAUAACUUAUGUGUCAUGUAGUUCGUAGAUAUAUCCUGUAUAUAUAUCAUUAUUUAUGUGUCUGUACACAGUUGUAGUAAGGGUCAUCUGUAAAUACAAUGCAGAGCCUAUGGUGUAACCAUGGUAACAGUGCUACCAAAUUUAUUGACAAUAGACUGCAACACAGUCAGAUCAUUUUUUGUUUCAUAAACAGUUUCAUUCCACUCAAAUCAGGAGCAAGUUAUGUUUGUGUACAUGAUGUAUGCUAUGUUUUGAUUAUUUCUCGUUUUUCAUCAUGUUCGGCUAGAUUAUUGUUUGGGGCUAUCACAUAAUCAAGAUAAUGGUCAGUGUAAUUGAUGUUAUAAAGCAUGCAAUCCAAUUAACUUGGUACCACAAUACGAGAAAUAUGCAAAUGAGGUCAUCUAGUAGGAACAACUUGUCGUAAGAACUGUUCAUGUACAUCUGAUGCCCACUGGGGGCGGUCGGGUAGCCUAGUGGUUAAAGCGUUCGCUCGUCACGCCGAAGACCCAGGUUCGAUUCCUGACAUGGGUACAAUGUGUGAAGCCCGUUUCUGGUGUCCCCCGCCGUGAUAUUGCUGGAAUAUUGCUAAAAGCGGCGUAAAACCAUACUCACUCACUGAUGCCCACUGGCUCCAAAACCUUUGCAUACAGAUUCCGAAAACUUUAGGUAUGGUUUCCCGAUGUUUGAGUGCAUAUGUAAAUGAACAUAGCUGGAAAUCAUUUGGUGCUGUAUUAUAAAUAGGGCAGUCAUUGUCUUCCUGUUAUAUUAGUGAAUGAAAAUAUGUCUUAAUAUUUGAUUAUUUUAAGAUUGACAAAGAUAUUAUUUACCUUGUGUGUUUCUCUGUCAUAAAUAUAGAUUAGGAAUAUAACAUAUGUGUUAAGCUUUACAAAUGCACGCAUAUAUUCAUGGUUUAAUGAUACGGUUCUACAGUACUGUAUUGCGAUAGGAGGCCCAUGAUACAAUACAUCGAGAUACAACCCUUAUAUCAUCAUAUGCAAGUGAUGUUUAAAUAGUUGUCAUGAUUAACGUGAUUAAUGUGUAUAUUUGUCAACUACUCUCCAUAUUGAUUACACAGUAAUAUAUCAGAAUACAAUGGUGUUUUAGCUGAAUAUCCACAUUGUUUAUAUGCAGUUAGCUAGCUUCCUAGGGACUCUGGUGAACUAUAUCAUGUGUAUAAAAAGAAUCCAGAGUACUUCGGUAUGUUAAUCCUCACACUGCCAGCACCAUACCCAGUACAGCUGAGUAUCACCUGGUAUCUUGCGAAACGAUUCGUAUCACGAUAUGGACUGACGAUACUACUGAUAUCACGAUACACCACAUCAAAUAGUAAGAAAUGAUGAAAUCACUGAAAUUCAGCUCUAAAACUCUUUCUUCAUACAUUUAUUUAUUUCCACCUCAUAAGCUUUAACAAAGAAAACCGCAUGAACAAAGCAGUUUUAUUUAAAAGGAUGGCUAUGAAAUGUAACAGAUAGUCGGCAUUUCCUCAGCCACCAUGUCCCUAUGCUCUGCCAUUUUUAGAGGUGGCACAAUGCCACUUCUGCCAUUAUGGGAGGUAACUCUAUUAAUUCCUGUUCUAUUUAUAGCAUAUUUUGAUCUCACAAACUGACGAUUCAAGUAUCUUGUGUACAUAAGUAUUGAUGAUAUAGGCAUCGGUGAAUUGUUACAGCCCGAAAUUCCAACAUCAUUAUAGUGGGUUUCAAGGUGGAUUUUCCCUUUAGCAUGUUUAGUAAAACUGGUAUUGGUAUUUAAACCAACAUUAAACCCCAAAUCUCAUAGCUUUGAUGAGUGCUAUUCAGUUUUAUAAAGAUAAUAAGUUUCAAACCUAUGCUUAUGCUCUCAGGUAUACGGCAGUUCCUUCAUCAGUGUUCAUUGAUGUAUUGAUUGCUCUGAAGGGUUAUGAUUGACUAUGAUUGAAGGUUAUCAUUCAGAGCAUCUGUGAUAUUUGUGGUAGAAUUAUCAUUAGUUAUCAAGGUUAUGAUACACUUUAUUAGCAUAAUUAGUAGUAGUGGGGCGAUACACCGAUGCAUCGGUCGAUCGCAAUUUUUGCUUCUCAAUCAGGUAUCGAUCACAUUCGCACACAAAGUAUCGUUUCUAACCUUAAAUGUAUUCACACUGUCAAUCUAUGAACAGAGGCCUCAUCUUAGAUAAACAUGUAAACAGAAUAUGAGACCUUUUAACAACCCAAGAGAAAUGAAAAUGAUCAAAGCAAAAACAAAGGACUAGAUGUCCAUGAGGAUUUAUGAUAUUAAAUUUUGAAACAUAUGUCAGUUGAAAGUAGUCUGUACCAAAAAAGGGGGCUUAGGUGUCCAAGUGUUCCAGAGCAAUUCAUUCUUCAGAAUUGUGUCCCUUGUUUUUUGUCGCUGAUAUUGGGUUUGAAUCCAAUUGUGAUGCUUGGUUUGUCAGCACAGUACCUGUGCUUGUUGGUUCACCAAAGUGGUAAACGUCUGGGCUUUCCUUCACAUGAAGCUGAGAUGCCCUGAUAUGACUGAUAUACUGUUAAACCAGCUCACUCUCUCACUGCAAUAAAACCUUAUUGACUGGUAGUCUGGACUUGUCCUUUGGCAUGAUUUCCAUAAGACUAAAUGGCCUAUAUUUUACAACAUAAUCGUCUAUGUUAUAUAGUCAGCAUAUAGAGCUCACCAAGUCCUGUUGCUUAGUCAGUGUAAUAAUAAUAUGGUCAGUUCAAAUUAAGUACUUGUUUUCAAGAAGCACCUGUCAUUUUUUAGCCAUUUUCUAAAAAAGACAAAUAUAUUCUAAGGAGGAGUAAUAAAGUCUAUUAUAAAUUUUAUGUCAAAAUUUACGAUUCCAUUGACAUUUUUUACAAUAUUUGUUCUUACUACUACUACACCUUGUACACCAAGGACUUCACCAGAAGGAAAAGUGCAGCUUUUCAUUCUCUAAAACAGGUGCCUGUUAUGCACAAAAAAGGGCUAAAAAUAUGACUAUGCCCAGUCCAGUAAUAUAUUUGUCCCUGAUCUUUUUUUUCACAUUAAAAAAACCCAAUUUAGUUUGUAUGGUCUAAUUUAGUUGUAUUAUGCUAGUGAUGAGCUGUGUUUGUGUCGUAAUGAUUAGUAUGAUCACUGCCAAUACAAGCUGAUUGUCAUGAAUUGGUUUGCUCUCUUGUACAUAUAAGGGACCACUUUGUGGUAUGGUUGUCAUGACAACUGCUAUGACCCUUUUCAUGCUUUUAAAGUUUACACUGAAUAUGGUAUGCUUAUGAUAAUGUGUGAAAUUAUGUUACCAUGAUCAGUUUGGUGCAACUGUUAUUGAAAUCACUUUCAUGUAAGGUUUAUGGAUGUGCAUUUUGGUGACACAACUGUUUGAAAUACACAUAAUUAGUUAUACUUUGUUGCUUGUUUUUUGUUUCAAAGAUUCGUUCCAGGAGGUCUGGACACGCCCCUUUUGAAAACCAAAUGUGGUAUGUUGUAGGCAGUAACAUUAUCUAGAGGGGAUUUUGAUACUUUGGACCUCCCCUUUUGAAAAUGCUGGAACUGCCCUUGCAGUUCUUGUCUGAGUUAUGGUCCUAAACCAGUUUCAGUCAUCAAGCUGAUCAACUUCUUACUA